UCCCACUCUGCCCUCACUACCUCUGCACAGGUGAGCAAUAAAGCGUGUCAGGCAUCCUCCUGACUGACCCAUAUAUUAUUCAUUAAUAAGGUGAGAUGAAUCCAGCCAGUGUUACAAGAUAUAGGUACUGUUUCCAGGUGACACUAAAGGGCAGAAUGGGGAACAUUUUACACACGCUGGGAGUGCUUAUAGUCACACACAGACAUAAAGUGUAGGCUAGUGAACUACUUCCUGGUUAUGCUGAAGCCCCUCCUCCCUCAGGUGCUGCGGUGCCUCACUGGGGCUGGGAGUGGCUGUGAGCACAGACAGAGAAGUGCAGCUCGUGCAGUUGCCUCUGGACACUUUCCUCUGUAGCUGGAGCGACACCUUACUGAUAUGGCUGAUUCUGCAUGUGGGGAUCUCCACGAUUUCAUCUCCCCGUCGCCCCCGGAACAAGAUUUGUGGCCAGAAAAGGGAUCUAGUCUUUCCCUGAACUGUUCCCUAUGGAUGAGCAGUGGCUGCAACGGGACCUGGAGGUGGCUGAAGGAUGGAACAGCCGUGCAAGACUUGUACAGAGAGCAGUAUUCUGCCUGGGAAGGAUUUAAUAGCUCCAAACGGUUCCUCUCCAGCAUCCUGUAUAUAAACGUUACGUCUACAGAGGAUUAUGGGAAGUUCACCUGUCAGGUGGAGGAGGCCACAGCAUCAUUUACGCUCCACAAAGGAGAAAAGGCUGGUCAUGUGGCUGCAGUUAUGUUUGCGCUCGCCGUGCUCACAGCAUUGGUUGUCGGUACUGUUAUAUACCUCAAGUGUCGACUCAAUGUCCGUCUUUGGUACAGGAAUAAGUAUGGAGAUCCCGAAAUAAAUGAUGGCCGUCUAUCUGAUGCCUAUGUCUCAUAUUGCCCCUCAAACACUGACACAAAAUUCACCAACUUCAUUCUAAAGCCACACCUGGAGAACCGGUAUGGGUACAAACUGCACCUGGAUGAGAGAAGUCUGAUGCCCAACACAGAGCCCUCAGCUGAGUUGCUUAUGAACGUCAGCCGAUGUCGGCGCCUUAUAGUUGUUCUCUCUUUGGCUUAUCUGCAACAGGACUGGUGCCAAAAUAGUUUCAGGGAAGGUUUGUUUCGCUUGCUGGAGCUUUCCCACAAACCCAUCUUUAUCCUGUUUGAAAACCAGAGCAAGGAAGUUCCUGUGGGUGUCACACAAUUAUUGCACUCCCAGAGAGGAAAGCUGAAGGUGCUGCUGUGGAAGUCUGGCUCUGUGGCCCCUUCCUCCGAGUUCUGGAAGGAGAUAUGUCUUGCGCUGCCUCGGAAGGUCUCCCUGUCAGAAGCGAGGGGUGAUCCUCAGACCCUGAAUCAAGAUGACAAGGACCCUAUGUUGACUCCAAGCAGUGAAAGUGCAGACCCUGAUCCAGAGGGUGAUCUUGGCGUAAGGAGAACCUUCUAUAAAGCACCUCCUCCCCGUAUGGCUCCAGCUUCCAACUCCACAGACAGAGCACCCGCUGGGGACACGGAUAUCUCCGACCUGGGAUCAAGAAACUACUCGGCUCGGAAUGAUUAUUACUGUUUGGUGACAGAGCCUGAAUUAUAAGUUCCAGCCGCUCUCUCUAUGGAGAGGCUAGAGGCUGUUGAGACGGAACAUAAAGAGGUAUAAUGGGGAGAAAAAAGAUAAAUUGCUCAGAAAAUCCCAAGAGGCAGGACAAUAGAAAAACUGCCUUCCUGGAGGAUCAGCUCUUGGGAUCCAACUACUUGUACUGACAUCCAGACUUAACCCCUGCAUCUGCCCUGGAGAAAAUGUUUUAUUAUUCUAACCAGCCUUGUAUAUAAAUAGUAACUGGUAAUAGUAGUUCAGUAGCUGCCCAUGAACAAUUUGGAACAAAGUACAGUCCUGUAUAUACUGUCUGCUUACUGUACUUAGGGGCAAAUUCACUAAGCGCCGAAGCGCCUAACGCUAGCAUGAAUUCGCAUUUUUGUUACUGCGCAAAUUCACUAACGGACGCUGGUGUAACUUCGCUAAUGUUACUUCGCACCC